GCUGCACACUGGUACCUUGUUCAUCGUCACCCAGGUAAUACAUAUUUGGUUUAUGUAGGUGUCCUAGAUCGAGCCCAUCGGGGUGCAAGAUUUGCCUCUGGAUGAAGAUUUAGCAAAUCGACGAGACCUCGUUUACUUUGUACACACACCUUUUUUUCUUCUUGUUUUUCCAGUCAUGCAUCUGGAAUUAAACUACUGUUCGGUCUACACCUCAUUCAGCUCAACUUCGUGAAGACCCUGCCGAUUAUGUCGUCUUGUAUAUCCUUGACCUUUUCUUACACCACCACUUAUUUUCGUCAUUUUGUCAGUCCACUCCUGGUCCGGCUUAUGCGCGGACUUGUCAAGGUAGCCAUCCACUCAUUAUUUUACGAGAACACACCAAUACCGAGGUGUUCAAACUACAAAUACUUGACUGAAGUUCAGACGCCUCACUAUUCCGUAUAAUAAACCGAGCACGUGCACGUUUUCGGUGUGUAUGUGUGUUGCGAGUACAGCCUUGUUUCGUCCGUGCGAAUUCUGCCUGAUGUAUUCCAGUCGCAGAUGGUAGUGCACUUUCCUAAAUGGAAAACAUACACACCAGUGUGGCAGCCAUAACUCAAACAGCACGAGGGUCGACAAGGCGAUUCUGGUGACCAUUCCCUCACUUUGGUUCUAGUCUAGGUGAUGCCGGAGCAACAGCAGUAUUUGACUUCGUUCAUGCCUAGACCCGUAUCUUUCCGUCAGCUUGUGGUUUAGGCCAGUUGCAUGUGACCACAGCUUUCGUUUUUAUUUUUUUAUUUUUUUUUCCCUUUCCCUACUAGGUAUUUCUUUGAACUUCCCGAAUGCACCAGGCGCAGGUAGACAACAGUCCCAGAUCACUUUUGAAUCAUUGAUAUAUCAUCAAUCAUUCGACCUUCCGCCCCAGUCCCACUCUCGUCUUCAAUUGCCCUCUUGUUAUCCCUCUUUUGGCACAUACCAUCAAAGAGUCAGACCAAGGAUACACAAUGGCCGGUAUAUUUGCCAAGCUUGCGCCUGAGCUGCGCCUAAUGAUCUACCGCGAGGUUGUCAAGCAGGACAGCCCCAUCCGCGUCUCCAAGGAUAGCCCGGGACUUGACAUACUCCGAACAUGCCGUCUCUUCCGCAACGAGGGUACAGAGGCCUAUUACCAGGAAAACACAUUCCUGGUGACCGAUGCCACCUCGGCUCUGAUGUGGUUACCCCGAGUUGAGAAGUACGCCAAACACAUCCGAAAUCUCCAGCUCGAGGUCGAUGUUUCACCCAUAGACCCGAUGCAGUGGGGCCUAUUGGGUCACGACAACGGCCUUGGAUUCAGAUACGACCCUGAAUGGAAGCAAGUUGUCGAUAUUCUUGCCAGUGCCUUUCCACGAUUGGAGACGCUCGGCCUCGUCGUCGUCGCACGGCGAUUGCAAGAGGUGCACCCGGGUGCUGAACCCAGGAGUCACCGAUACAACGACCUUGCAACAGAGCUCGGGAAUUUCCAGCAGGGUCAAGAAAACACCUGUCUCGACGUGCUUAGGAAAGCCUGUCCUAAAUUCCUGUCCCUCCGAGUAGCCUCCGGCUUCGACAUGGAUUGGGCAGUCCACUGGAGCCAUAGUUUUCAGCUGGUCAGGCGCGAGACACUGAUGGCCGACGAGGGACUGGGAAGCCUCACGUGGUAUGACCUGUUCGAGGUCGAUGUAUCAGAGGAUACCGAUCAGGAUUCGGAAGACGACGACGAAGAAGAUGUCGCAGAUCAGCAAGAGAACGAUGGCGAAACUGCGUUUGACGAUGAGAUCGAAGCCCUCGAGCUGGAGGGUGAAGAAGACUAUGAGGAUCACAUUUAGACAACCUCAUUGUGGACUUUUGCGAUGACGACAAGAAAGCUGAAACUGGUUACGAGCCGUGUCUGGGCGGUAUCUUCUGGUUUUUUCGACAGCCGCUCUGUCAGGCAACAACUGCUCGCAUAAAGUGCCCAUAACGCCAAAUCUUCCGACGAAUUAUCAAAGUUCCCUCAGGGAGGAGAUAUCCCCGCUGUACCCAAGAUUGAGAAAUGCAGAGACGGUAAUACUUGCAUGCUAAUGCGUACAUAGAGUGUAUGUAUCGCAGUUGUCCAAUACUCGGAGUCUGUGACUAACUGGCAUACGAUGGUUCCUCACAGUAGACUGAACUCUUCGGUUUGACAAGGGGCGACCGAUAGAGACAACAUCCAGCCAUGGGUGGAUUCGAUAGUCAUCAAGUACCAGGCUGGAUUGGGAUACGAAACUGGAAACGAACGACAUGGAUUUUGGUCUGCACUGUAUUUUGCCCGGGUUUUGGAAUGAAUUUUUUUUUCUGCUUAGGAGGGAAAAUAGUUGAUGAGAAUACAGGAUCUAUCAGCAACCCUCUUAGAUGUAGCUUGAAAAGGCAUGAUACUGUAACCGAAAUCGCUCUGGUGUGUUCCAUUCAGUGGGAACAUAAGUGACACUGACAGCCUCCACGACUCCACGUGAAGUAAU